ACGCGCGGGCCGGCAUGGCGAUGCACGCCCUCACUGGCCUCUCGCUGGUCAGCCUGCUUAGCUUCGGCUACCUGUCCUGGGACUGGUCCAAACCGAGUCUGGCGGCCGACGGUCCCGGGGAGGCGGGCGUGGAGCAGCCCUCGGCCGCUCCACCCCAGCCUCCCCAUAUCAUCUUCAUCCUCACCGACGACCAGGGCUACCACGACGUGGGCUACCAUGGCUCAGAUAUUGAGACCCCUACGCUGGACCGGCUGGCAGCUGAGGGUGUCAAGUUGGAGAAUUAUUAUAUCCAGCCUAUCUGCACGCCUUCGCGGAGCCAACUUCUCACUGGCAGGUACCAGAUCCACACGGGACUCCAGCACUCCAUCAUCCGCCCUCGGCAGCCCAACUGCCUGCCCCUGGACCAGGUGACGCUGCCCCAGAAGCUGCAGGAGGCGGGUUACUCUACCCACAUGGUGGGCAAGUGGCACCUGGGCUUCUACCGGAAGGAGUGCCUGCCUACCCGCCGGGGCUUCGACACCUUCCUGGGCUCGCUCACGGGCAACGUGGACUACUACACCUACGACAACUGCGACGGGCCCGGGGUGUGUGGCUUUGACCUACACGAGGGCGAGAGUGUGGCCUGGGGGCUCAGCGGCCAGUAUUCCACUAUGCUCUAUGCCCAGCGUGUCAGCCACAUCCUAGCCAGCCACAGCCCCCGGCGGCCCCUCUUCCUCUACGUGGCCUUCCAGGCGGUGCACACGCCCCUGCAGUCCCCUCGUGAGUACCUGUACCGCUACCGCACCAUGGGCAACGUGGCCCGGCGGAAGUAUGCGGCCAUGGUCACCUGCAUGGAUGAGGCUGUGCGCAACAUCACCUGGGCUCUCAAGCGCUAUGGUUUCUACAACAACAGCGUCAUCAUCUUCUCCAGUGACAACGGCGGCCAGACCUUCUCGGGGGGCAGCAACUGGCCGCUGCGAGGACGCAAGGGCACUUACUGGGAAGGUGGUGUGCGUGGCCUGGGCUUUGUCCACAGCCCCCUGCUCAAGCGGAAGCGCCGGACCAGCCGGGCGCUGGUGCACAUCACUGACUGGUACCCGACCCUGGUGGGUCUGGCAGGCGGCACCGCCUCGGCGGCCGACGGGCUGGACGGCUACGAUGUGUGGCCGGCCAUCAGUGAGGGCCGGGCCUCGCCGCGCACAGAGAUCCUGCACAACAUUGACCCCCUCUACAACCAUGCCCGGCACGGCUCCCUGGAGGCUGGCUUUGGCAUCUGGAACACUGCCGUGCAGGCCGCCAUCCGUGUGGGCGAGUGGAAGCUGCUAACAGGGGACCCUGGCUAUGGCGAUUGGAUCCCACCGCAGACGCUGGCCGCCUUCCCUGGCAGCUGGUGGAACCUCGAGCGCAUGGCCAGUGCCCGCCAGGCAGUGUGGCUCUUCAAUAUCAGCGCUGACCCCUACGAACGGGAGGACCUGGCUGGCCAGCGGCCUGAUGUGGUCCGUGCCCUGCUGGCCCGUCUGGUGGACUAUAACCGCACAGCCAUCCCUGUGCGCUACCCGGCUGAGAAUCCCCGGGCCCACCCUGACUUUAAUGGGGGUGCUUGGGGGCCCUGGGCCAGUGAUGAGGAAGAAGAGGAAGAGGAGGAAGAGGCAGGCAGGGCUCGAAGCUUCUCCCGAGGACGCCGCAAGAAAAAAUGCAAGAUUUGCAAGCUGCGAUCCUUUUUUCGUAAACUCAACACCAGGCUGAUGUCACAGCGGAUCUGAUGGGGAGUGGGGGGAGGUGAGGAUCUCUGCCUCUCUAGAUGUACUUCCCCAUUCAAACCUGGCCCUGUUCCUCCCCAGGGAGGGGCCUGAGGUCAAGCCCCUGUCUGCAGGGAAAUGGGGGGAGGCAUCGAGCCCCUCGGUUGAAAGGUGGGGAGCUUGGCUUGGGGGAGAAUAAACUAGACUGGGGUGCCUGGAUUCCAA